GCCCCGCCGGCCCCUAACCUGCUCGAACCCAUUAUGCGGUAGAGGCGGCUGGGUCUCUUUAAGGCCCUGCCGCGCCUGCGCCUUUGGCUUUCCUGACGGCGGCCGGGCUGGACCCAGGGGAAACCCGCGGACGGCGGGCACCAGAGGGGGCUCCGGCGGUGGUGGCCACGGCAGCGGCUCCCCGAGGACCGGCUGAGGAUCGAGGAGGCGCUCCUGAGCCCCCGAGCCAGCGCGGUGCGCCCCGAGGACGCGGGAGUGGACGGCCCGCGGGAGCCCGGAGCGGGGCCGAGGCGCUGAGACGCGGCGGCGCGGCUGCCGGCUGCAUGGGAAGUUAAUGUUUACAGCGAAGUCCACCCAGCGUUUCCAAGGUGGCGACAGACAAGGUUGCAGAAAAGCUGAGUUCUACUCUCUCAUGGGUGAAGAACACCGUAACGCAUACCGUCAGCCAGAUGGCCAGUCAGGUGGCAAGUCCAUCGGCUUCAUUACACACUACAUCCUCAUCUACCACACUGUCAACACCGGCCCUUUCACCAUCUUCCCCUUCCCAGCUGAGUCCAGACGACUUGGAACUCCUGGCUAAGCUGGAGGAACAAAAUAGGUUGUUAGAAACGGACAGUAAGUCUUUAAGAUCUGUAAAUGGGUCAAGAAGAAACAGUGGCUCCUCUCUUGUGUCCAGUUCAUCAGCCUCCAGCAACCUCAGCCACCUUGAGGAAGACUCUUGGAUUCUUUGGGGAAGAAUUGUUAAUGAGUGGGAAGAUGUGCGCAAGAAGAAGGAAAAGCAAGUUAAGGAACUUGUUCGUAAAGGAAUACCCCACCACUUUAGAGCAAUAGUUUGGCAACUUUUAUGCAGUGCACAAAGCAUGCCAAUUAAGGAUCAGUAUUCAGAACUCCUGAAAAUGACCUCACCUUGUGAAAAAUUGAUCCGAAGGGAUAUUGCUAGAACUUAUCCUGAACACAAUUUUUUUAAGGAGAAAGAUAGCCUUGGACAGGAGGUUUUGUUUAAUGUAAUGAAGGCAUAUUCUUUGGUGGAUCGUGAAGUUGGUUACUGUCAAGGAAGUGCUUUUAUAGUUGGGCUGUUGCUUAUGCAAAUGCCAGAAGAAGAAGCUUUCUGUGUAUUUUUUAAGUUAAUGCAAGACUAUAGACUUCGUGAACUUUUUAAACCAAGUAUGGCAGAGUUGGGCCUUUGUAUGUACCAAUUUGAAUGCAUGAUACAGGAGCAUCUUCCAGAACUCUUCAUACAUUUUCAAUCUCAGAGUUUUCAUACCUCAAUGUAUGCGUCAUCCUGGUUUCUGACCAUCUUUCUUACCACUUUUCCAUUACCAGUUGCAACAAGGAUAUUUGAUAUCUUUAUGUCUGAGGGUUUAGAAAUAGUGUUUCGAGUAGGAUUAGCGCUUCUUCAGAUGAAUCAGGCAGAACUAAUGCAACUUGACAUGGAGGGCAUGUUACAGCACUUUCAGAAGGUCAUUCCACAUCAGUUUGAUGGUGGUCCAGACAAACUAAUCCAAGCAGCUUACCAAGUCAAAUACAACUCAAAAAAAAUGAAAAAGCUUGAAAAGGAAUACACUACAAUAAAAACUAAAGAAAUGGAAGAGCAAGUUGAAAUUAAAAGGUUGCGCACAGAAAAUAGACUUUUAAAACAGCGAAUUGAAACAUUAGAAAAAGAAAGUGCUUCCUUGGCAGAUAGAUUGAUACAGGGACAAGUGACAAGAGCCCAGGAGGCUGAGGAAAACUACCUCAUAAAACGCGAGUUGGCCACCAUCAAACAGCAGAGUGAUGAGGCCAGUGCUAAACUGGAGCACGCUGAAAAUACCAUCAGGAAGCUGCAGCACCAGCAGCAAUGGCAUAAAUGCAGUUCCAACUACAACGAAGAUUUUGUGCUGCAGCUAGAGAAGGAGCUAGUCCAGGCCCGACUGAGUGAGGCCGAGUCCCAGUGUGCCCUAAAGGAGAUGCAAGAUAAAGUCCUGGACAUAGAGAAGAGGAACAACUCUCUUCCCGAUGAAAAUAACAUUGCAAGGCUUCAGGAAGAACUCAUUGCUGUGAAACUGAGAGAAGCAGAAGCUAUUAUGGGUUUGAAAGAACUCAGACAGCAGGUCAAGGAUUUAGAGGAACACUGGCAGCGCCACUUGGCUCGUACUACUGGGAGAUGGAAAGACCCACCUAAGAAAAAUGCUGUGAAUGAGUUACAAGAUGAACUAAUGACCAUUAGACUUCGGGAAGCUGAAACACAAGCAGAAAUACGAGAAAUAAAACAAAGAAUGAUGGAAAUGGAAACACAGAACCAGAUCAAUAGUAACCAUCUUCGCAGAGCAGAGCAAGAGGUGAUCAGCCUACAGGAGAAGGUGCAGUAUCUCUCUGUGCAGAACAAAGGACUGCUUACUCAGUUAAGUGAAGCAAAGCGCAAGCAGGCAGAGAUUGAAUGCAAGAAUAAGGAAGAAGUGAUGGCUGUGAGACUCCGGGAAGCAGAUAGCAUAGCUGCUGUGGCUGAGCUACAGCAGCACAUUGCUGAACUUGAAAUCCAGAAAGAAGAAGGAAAGCUUCAAGGACAGCUAAACAAGUCUGAUUCUAACCAGUAUAUUAGGGAACUGAAAGAUCAGAUAGCAGAGCUCAAUCAUGAGCUCAGGUGCCUAAAAGGCCAGAGGGACUUCUCAGGCCAACCUUCUUUUGAUGGAAUCCACAUUGUCAACCAUUUGAUGGGAGAUGACGAAUCAUUCCAUUCUUCAGAUGAAGAUUUUAUAGAUAAUUCCUUCCAGGGAAGUGGCAUUGGUUUUCCUUUUCACAGAAAGUCUGGCCCUAUGUCCUUGGACCCUGCCGGGGCAGAUGGUAGUGAGAGUGAAGCAGAAGACAGUGUGCUGGAGCCCAGAGGGAGCAACCGAGGCAUUGCAAAGGAGCGGCCCCAGGCAAGACGGGAGUCGUACUCAACCACUGUCUGACCAUCACUGUGACCUAGACUGGGGGUUUCUAAGGGAUGAGUUGUCAUACGAUUAGGGAUCUUUGAGACACAGCUGUUUCAUAUGUACAUAUAAAUACAUAUACAUAUAUAUAUAUAUAUAUUUUACAAUGUUAUCUACCUUUUUAUCUUUGCCAAAUCUUCACCACUGACUUACCAUUGCCAUCAACUAGAGUGGAAUAUGGUUAAUUGGUGUAAUAGGGCUCUAACAGUAUUACUGAAUAUUAAGGAUUCUUGUUUAGAAAACAACUAUGUAAGUGGGAACCAUUUUGAAGUUUAAAACCCUGGAAAAUGGAACUUUCUUCACAGAAAGCUCUUGUGCAAUAUUUUUUGCUUAGUGAACAAAUUGUAUAUUUGUGUUUAUUAAUCUGCUUUUAAGCUAAUUGUCUACAGACAUUUGAGCAAGAUGUACAUCUGAUUUACCUUGUGUUUGCGUGUUUGGGGGAGUAUUUUUACCCGUUGAAAUCACUGUUCUAGGGGUAGGGAAUUGGCACAGCAGUUAAAAUGCCUUUGAGGAUGUCCACAUCCCCUGUUGGAGGGACUGGAUUAGAGUCCCAACUAAACAUCGCAUUCCAGCUUUCUGCCGAUGUAUAUACACCCUGUCAACUACUUGGGUAUUUGCCACUGCCUGGAGACCUGGGUUGAAUUCCUAGCUCCUAGCUUUAACCUGAUCCUGCCCUGGCUGGCAGGGCCAUUGGGGGAGUGAACCAGCAAAAGGGAAUUCUGUCUGUUUUCUGUGUGUGUGUGUGUGUGUGUGUGUCUGUCUGUCUGUCUGUCUUCCUCAUUGCCUCUUGAAUAAAUUAAUCAAAUUUUAAAUCAUUGUUAUGCUCGUGGGCCACUAACAAUUCCCAAACACAUAGUAUAGUCUUUUUUUGGUAUGAUUUUAUAAACACAAGUGAAUUGUUAUGUAUUUUGAAAGUUUUAAGGUCUGUUUCAAUUUCUGCUUUUUCUGUGCCUCUGAUGCUUCCACAUGUUGGUCACCGUCAAGAGUGGUAGGUUAACUGAAGACACACUGUUUAUUUGUACAUAUCUGUAAAUCUGUACCACCCAAACACGGAGCAUCAUUUUAUAUGAGGAACAUACACUUUGCAAAAUGACUGCUAUCAGCAUUCUAACAGAACUUCUGUAAAUAGUAGGUUAAAAGAAAAUUGAAAAAUAAAGCCAAACACUAAUAUUCUCAUAGCUUUAGUGUUAUGCUUAGCCUACAACACUAGCAGAGUCAUAACUGAUGCCUGGUCAAAAACACUAUUGAUCAAAUCUUUCCUUUUGUGUGGUGAUACCUAUUAAAAUUGUCAUGGCUAAAGAGAUUAUACAUAUUACUUAGUGCUAAUAUUCUAUUUAAUAUAAUUUAAGCAACGGGCUAAAGUCCAAGUUACACAGCAGUUAAUAUCUGCAAAUAAUCCAUGAACAGGAUUUUCAGAUUCUCUAGUUUGUGAGAUAAAGCCAUAAAACUCUUUUCCUGCCAGUUCUUCCUUUUUCAUUAAACUUCUUCAUAAGAAAAUGGAAUGCCUGUCAGUGGUAAAUAGGAGGAAACACCCACAGCACCCUCACGUGAUGGCUCAACACAGGUGCGUGAGUGUAGAUACGGGUCCUCUGCCUGUCCAGGGCUUUUGGGAUUAUCUGUGGGGAAGACUCUCAGUCCCUGAGUGUAGUAAGAUAGCUUCACGGCCGCAUGACCACCCUGACCCCCACGUUGAGAGAUCCGAAUGAUCCAGAUGAGAGAACCACAAACUGUGGCCCGUGGGCUACUCCCAGUAUUACCUUGUUUAAAA